AUGAAGCUGGGAGGCUUUCUGGAGAUUUGGUGUCGGCAGGGCUUCGAAGAUGGCAAAGGCCGCAAUGCGAAGACUACGGGGCAAGCAUUGGAAGUUUUUGAGGAGUCGAGAAACAUAGGCGAAGUGAUGUUUUCAAAAACUGACCCGGGCAGCAGAGGGUCGGGUGCGGGGGCCGGGCACCGGGCUCGGCGGCGGCGGCGGCAGGGAGCCCGGGCAGGGGCACCGGGGGAGGAGGAGGAGGAGGGAGGAGGGGCGGCGGGCGUGGCGAAAGUGCGGCGGCGGCGGAUCCCCAGCGCCGGCUACUGCUACUGUCGCCGCUGCUGCUGCUACGCGAGGGCCUCCCGGAGGCGGCGGACGGUCCCGAUCCGAGGAGGAGGAGGAGGAGGAGGGAGGCCCGGUGGGGAGGCCCAGGCGGUGGCGGCGGCAGGCCUGGAGGCGGGCCUGGAGGCGGCGGCGGCGGCCAUGGAGCGCGCAGAGGAGGCGGUGUCUCCCGCAGAGGCCGAGCCUCCCCCGGAGGGCCCCCCGCAGGACCCCCCUACCCCCGGGCCCGGGCCCGGGCCCACCCCCGGCCCGCGCCCCGCGGCCAAGAGGGUCACCUUCCCCGACGACGACGACAUCGUAUCCGGAGCGGUGGAGCCCAAGGACCCGUGGAGACACGCCCAGAACGUGACGGUGGAGGAAGUGUUGACGGCUUAUCGCCAGGCCUGCCACAAGCUCAACUGCAGGCAGGUCCCCAAGCUUCUCAAACAGAUAGAGGAUCUCCCCGUGCUGACCCCUCGGAUCGACUGUCUGGACCUGAAGGGGGAGAAGCUGGACGCCCGGGCCUGUGAGGCCCUGGAGGAGAUCUUCAAGCGGCUGCAGUUCAAGGUCGUAGACCUGGAGCAGACCAGCUUGGACGAGGAUGGGGCCUCGGCGCUGUUCGACAUGAUCGAGUACUACGAGUCGGCCACCCGCCUCAACAUCUCCGCCAACAAGCACAUAGGCACCCGCGGCUGGCAGGCCGCCGCCCACAUGAUGAGGAAGACCAGCUGCCUGCAGUGCCUGGAGGCCCGCAGCACUCCCCUCCUGGACCAGUCCGCUCCCUUCGUGGCCCGGGCCCUGCGCCUCAACGCCAGCCUGGCAGUGCUGCACCUGGAGAACGCCGGGCUCUCGGGCCGCCCGCUCAUGCUGCUGGCCACGGCCCUGAAGAUGAACGUGACAUUGCGGGAGCUCUAUCUGGCCGACAACAAGCUGAACGGGCUGCAGGACUCAGCCCAGCUGGGGAACCUCCUGCGUUUCAACAGCUCCAUCCAGACCCUGGACCUGCGCAACAACCACCUCCUCGACUCCGGUCUGGCCUACAUCUGCGAGGGGCUGAAGGAGCAACGGAAGGGGCUGGUCACCCUUGUCCUGUGGAACAACCAGCUGAGCCAUCCUGGCAUGGCCUUCCUGGGGCUGACCCUGCCGCACACUCAGAGCCUGGAGACCCUGAACCUGGGCCACAACCCCAUUGGCAACGAGGGCGUCCGCAGCCUGAAGAUCGGGCUGAUCUCCAACCGCUCCGUGCUGCGCCUCGGCCUGGCUUCCGCCAAGCUCACCUGCGAGGGCGCCGUGGCCGUAGCCGAGUUCAUCGCCGAAAGCCCCCGGCUGCUGCGCCUAGACCUGCGGGAGAACGAGAUCAAGACGGGCGGCCUCAUGGCACUGUCCCUGGCGCUCAAGGUCAACCGCUCACUGCUGCGCCUCGAUCUGGACCGUGAGCCCAAGAAGGAGGCAGUGAAGAGUUUCAUCGAGACACAGCGAGCGCUUCUGGGUGAGAUCCAGAACAGCUGCAAGAGCAACUUUGCGCUGGCCCGCCGUGAGGAGGAGGAAGGGGAGGAGGAGGAAGAGCAGCCGCAGAAGGAGCAGAAGUUGCGUCUGUCGGCGUCCAUGCCGGAGAUGGGGGAACCGACGCCAGAACCAGAGCCGGAGCCGGCCGAGGAGGCCUUGCCCGCACGGGAGAACGGGGAGGGGGCCGGGCCGGGUGACGCGGGCUUGGACUCGGACACAGACGAGGAGGAAGAGGAAGGGGGGAUGGAGGAGGAGAGGCGCGGUGACCUACAGAUCCGAGAGCCGAGCAGCCCUCCGCCCCCUGCCAGCCCGCCGAGCCCCGAGGAGCGGACCUCCGCCGAGCCCCAGGCUGGCGGGCCGCCCGUCCCCAGCUCCAGCCCCGGGCGGGGGCACAAGGUGUUUGUGGUGACUCUGGUGGAGCGCUCCCCCGAUGCGCCCACCACCCCUGGGCCGAGCCCCGGCCCGCCGGAAACUCUGUUGCCCAACGGAUUGAAGGCCGAGUUCGCCCACGCGCUGCCCGAGCCGCCCCUCCCGUGCGAGCCCAAGACAAGGGGCGGGGGCUGGGACCUGGAGCACGAGCUAAGCCGUGCCCAGAAGGAGCGAGCGGAAGCCGGAGGAGAGCCCGCCGGAGGCCAGCCGGGACCCACCGCCCGACACUGUGACACUUUAGCUCUCUGGGGUGUUCUGCAAUGAGCUGAGCUGUUUCCGGAAAAAGCCCCCCUUACACACUCCUCUCCACGAUUUGGCACCUCCGACCGCCCCCAGCCCGUGGGCCCCACUCAGGAAGGACCAGGCACUCGUGACAUUGCUGUCUGGCUGCCCCAGGCUCGGGCCCGGCCGGCCUACCCCCCUUCCUCCACACGCCGCCCCCACCCCCAAACCCCCAUGCUAUGCAGGAGCCCUGCAGGGGAGACCGGGCUGGUGGACUGGGCACUAGGGCAGCGGGCGGGGAAGCUGGGCUGUCACGGUCUCCGGUCCUGCCCGCUCCCCACCUUGCGCCCCAGUCCCCUUAUUUAUUGUGAAUCCCGCCCAGCCCGGGGAAGGGUGGGGAGGACGGGGCUUCUGGCCCCACCGCCCCCACCCCCGGGGAGCUGGACCCGGGCAGGCCAGACGACUCCCACUGGGAGCCUGCCCCUUGGCCCCCGCCUCAGGCCCUGCGGCCGAGCCGGGGGUCACCCCCACGUCCCCGCCCGCCUGCGGGCCUGUACCCGGGGUGCCGGGAUGGGCCGGGGGCCGGUGCCGUAUGGGGACGUCGGUACUAAUCUGUGACUUGACCCCUCGUGGUAACCGAGCGGAACCCCGGCCGGCCGCAGGGGGUGGGGGCAGGCCUAAGCUUGCUUUCUUAAGUGCAAUAAACCUAUCAGGGAACUGUGAGGCCGCAGCCGAAGACGACGGUGGGCCCGGG